AUGGUGGAAAAUUCACCGUCGCCAUUGCCAGAAAGAGCGACUUAUGGCUUUAUUCUUUUCUUAAGCUCCCAAUUUAGCUUCAUACUAUAUCUUGUGUGGGCUUUUAUUCCUGAAUCUUGGCUAAGCUCCUUAGGUUGGCCUCAAAAAUACUGCGCAUUAGUUGCACUGCCUGUGUACCUCCUCAUUACUGUAGUGACUGGUUACGUGCUCUUAUUUGGAAUAAACAUGACGAGUACCUCUCCACUCAGCUCCAUUCAUACAAUCGCAGAUAACUGUGCCAGAAACCAACAGCAGAAGCAAUACCAAGAAGAAGCCAUCCCAGCAUUAAGAAAUAUUCCUAUUAGUGAAGUAAACCAAAUGUUCUUUCUUGCAGCCAAAGAACUUUACACCAAAAACUGA